AUGUAUGAUUUAUAUAUUAUUCUUUCCUUGUUUUCUUUUCUUUUCUUUGUCUUUUGUUUUCUUUUUCUGCUUCGUUCUCCUGUCGUUUUAACGAUUUUUUAUUUCUUUUUUUUUUCAUUCUUCUUCGAUUUUAUUUUAUUUUCAUUUCGUCGUCGCCGUCGUCACUUUCUUUUUGACUUUCUUCUUGUCUAUAUUAUUAUUUUCUUCUUUCGUUCCUUUUUCCUUUCUUCCUUCCUUCCUUUCAUUGAUCGCAUUAUUAUCGAGUUUUUUUUUACGUGCGUUUCUUUCUUCCUUCCUUUUUGUCUUACAACUUUUUCUUAUUCUUUUAUUCUUUGUUUCUUUCCUUAUUUUCUUUUUUUACUUGCAUCGGUUUGGUAUUCUUUGUUUCUAAAUGUUUUUUUCUUACAAAUUUUUAUUUCCUUCAGUCUUCCUUUUUUUUCUUUUUUACUUAAAUUUUUUUUUUUGGGUGGGGGGCUAUUCUUUGUUUCAAUUACUUUCUUUCUUUCAUCUUCUUCUUCUCUUACAUUUUUCGCUAUUCGUUUCUUUCAGUUUCGUUCAUUCUUUCUUCAUUUUCAUCUUUUCUUACAUCUUUUUGGUAUUCUUUCUUUCAUUUUCUUUGUAGCUUUGUUUCUUUCAACUUUUGUUUCUUUUCUUACAUCUUUUUAUAUUCUUUUUUUCUUUCACUUUCUUUCUUUCAAAUUUUGCUUCUUUUCUUACAUCUUUUUAGUAUUAUUUCUUUCACUUUCAUUCUUUCAACUUUUCCUUCUUUUUUUACACCUUUUAAGUAUUCUUUCUUUCUUUCAUUUUCAUUCUUUCAACUUUCCCUUGUUUUCUUACAUCUUUUUAGUAUUAUUUCUUUCUUUCACUUUCUUUCUUUCAACUUUUGCUUACAUAUUUUUGGUAUUCUUUUUUUCACUUUCUUUCUAUCUUUCAGCUUUUGCUUCUUUUCUUCCAUCUUUUUCUUAUACUUUCCUUCUUUGGCCUUAUGAUUUGCAUUUUUCUCUGACUUCCAUUUCUACCUUUCUGACUUUUCGUUCAUCUUUCUUUCACCAUUCAUUUUUUCAUGCUUCAUUUUUUUUUCUUCCAAUUUCCAGAAAAUUCUGUUCAGAAUUUCUUCAUUCAAUUUCUUUCAUUAUUUCUUUAGCGGUUUAA